AUGAUAUCUAAAUUCAAUGGUAUAAUUCAAUUCCGCUUCCUUUUUUCAGUAUCUCGGAGUUUCAAUUCUUCCUCCUUCCAUUCUUCGACUCCAAACACAUCAUUCUUAAAUUAUCGCCUAUUUUGUACUAGAGAGGCUGCAUCUGCCACUAAAACCCUAGAUGCAAAGGCAGAAAUAGGGGGAGGGCCUCCUUGUUGUGAUCUACCAAAGGAUACCACAUAUAUUCUCAGAAGAUGGGGUUGCAGUGACAACGAUAUAUGCAGAAUUUUUCUCAGACGGCCCUCUAUUCGUAAUAUGGACCUCGCUAACCUCCAAUCCAAGCUCAACUUGCUUACUGAAAUGGGCAUCACCUCUUCCGACCUCGUCAAGAUCAUCAAUUGCCGCCCCCGCUUCCUCAAUUGUCGCAUUAAUCAAGACUUGGAUGAGCGUCUUCAAUAUCUCCAAUCCUUGUUUGGGUCAAGGGAAAUGCUUCUUAUGGCCAUUAAUCGCAACCCUUCUCUUCUCACUUAUGACUUGCACAAUAAAAUCAAACCUGUCAUUGCCAUGUACGACAGUAUAGGUGUUAGGAGAACUGACUUGGUUCCUAUGCUUCUCUCUCGUCCCACCUUAAUUCCCCGUAGUAAACUAAAUGCCGAAAAGAUGGAUUACAUUUGCAGAACCAGUGUCCCUCCUAAUUCUAAGAUGUAUAAAUAUGUGGUUACCCUCAUUGCCAUCUCACGCCUCGAGACCAUCCGUGAAAAGAUGGCAAAUCUUGAGAAAUUUGGGUUCUCGGAUGAUGAGGUUUUGCAGCUUUUUGGACGCUCUCCUCUCGUGUUGACGCUGUCCGUUGACAAGGUUCAGAGAAACAUGACUUUUGUUUUGAGUAUGAUGAAGUUACCGGCAAGAGUGGUACUUGAUAACCCAUUUUUGCUCUUCUGCAAUUUGGAGGCCGUGUUAAAGCCACGAGUUCUUCUAGCAGAGAAGCUACAAGUUAUGGAUCUUGUCCCACAAAUCAAGGGACCUUUAAUGAUGAGAGCAUUGAGGAUGACAGAUAAGCGUUUUGUUGGGGCAUUUGUCGGAUGUCACCAAAAGGAUGUUGCGAAUGAGUUGAUGGAAUAUUACACAAAUGCAAAAGGUAUUAGACGUUUGGCAGAAUCCUCCAAAAAACACUUGCAUAAAGGAUUCCCAUUCUGA